GAAGCAUUGCCAUGUAUGAAGCAAAGGAAAGACAGAAGUUUAUCAGUGAUGCUCAGUACCUGAGAGAGAUGCAGCACAAAAUGGAUACAGAGUAUCAGGCUUGCCUGAGAAAGCAAGAACAGACUAAAGAGCCAUCUGAGAAGAAGCGAGAGCAACACACUAGACAGGAACUGCGGCAGACCAGUAUAUCGUCCAUCUCUGCUGUGCGCAGUUAUGAAAAGCCGUGGAUUUCAAAACUUCCCAUUAAUAGACAGACCUCUUCUGAUGAAGCUUCUGGCUGUGAACUGAAAUCCACUAUAAAGUCUCUUCGGAACAAAUCAGAAGCUAAGUUUCCUGCCAUUGAUAAAACAUCUGUUAAGCAGAAGCAAAAACCAACCACAUGCUCCAGAAAACCAGAAAAAAAUGGAUGUUGCCCCAAAAAAGACACUCCAGCUUUCCAGAAGCCAAUUUUAUCAAGAAGACGAAUGAACCAGAGAAGUUUGUUGGAAAAUCCAGACUCCGAGAAUAUGCAAAGAGUGGAAGGAAGGGGGAGAAAAACACCAGUGCUGCAUGGACUAGCAAAGAAUACUAGAGGGUCUGACCAGAAUGAGCGGGAGACGUGCGGGAGGCAGACGGCAUCGUCGAAAGGACCCGGGAAAAACCACCCACAAGAUGUCACAGGACAAAGAAAUGGCCCUGCUCUCAAGACUAAGAAAAAAUAUCAAGAAAGAAGGAACUUUGUCCAAUCCUCUAAACUAAGCAUGGAUAGCAAAACCCUUGAAAAGGAACUCAGAAAAGGGAAUGUUCUAACAUCAGCUCAGCAGCCCUCGACUAACCCGAUGGAUUCUGCUGUUCAGGUUGCUAAUGGUCCUUCCAUAUCAAGCGAGUCAAACAAUUCAAACCUUCCACCCAUUAAGAAUACCCCUAUAAGGCCCAAAGAAGAUGAUUAUUAUGCAAAGUUGUGCUCAAAUUUGGAAGAUUCUACUGGAGAGAAUGAAGACACCAAAGAUGUUAACCCCUUAGAAGAAGAACUUCUUUCCGUUGAGUUCAAUAUGCCUCCUCUUCUUGAUCAAAGUAGCAGGAUUACUGGGAAUUCUUUAACCCAGGUGGAACAGCAUUACUUUGAAAUGGGAGUUGGGGGUGAUGGAAGAAGGGCUGAACUUCCCCAUAGAUUGCUACGGCAACAUAAUAUAGCAGGGGACACAGCUAUUGAACAAGCUUCAUCUGGGCAAAGAAAGACAAGGGACCAAAGGAAGCCUUAUGCUCUUGAAGAAAAUCUUUUGGAAGAGGCUCAUAAAAAUGAAGGUGAAAAUUUAGCAUUUAGUGCAAGAAGCCCACGUGCUGACAGCAGGCCAGGAAGUGCAGCAGCUGACGAAGCUAUUAGUCAUUUAAUUUCUACUGAAGACUGGCCAGGGAGCAACAUCUAUGGCAGAGAAAGACAGUGUUUUGAUAGCAAUCAAAGAAGUUACGUUGGACUUGUUAAUUCAGCUAGGCCAACAGUUCAAAGGCCUUCCAUGCGUUCUACGUUUAAUAUCCCAGGCUCUUUAGUACAACCUGCAAACAGAACCGAGGCUGCAGGUAGUGUGGAUGUUGCUACAGCUUCUAUGCAAGUUACAGAACUGAAUGGAAGCCCAAGGUUCACUGCUCGCAGACAACUAUCUCCUAUAAGAAUCAGGGAUUCCUUUUCAGCUGCUGAAAGUUGUCACUCUUCAUCACCCACAAUCAGCACCUUUGAGGACAGUAGCUUGCUUGAGGAUAGUAUAAGCAAUGGUCUAAGCAGCAUAUCUCCAAGCACCACUUCUCAUGAUGAAGACAACUUUCUGAAUUCCCACAGCUCCUCAUCUUCCACAGAUUCUGUUCACCCAUCUCUUUUCCGGGCAAACUUUACAGCACAUCUUCACAUGACUGGUCCUCUGCCCGAUCAAGUACCAAUUUUCCUGACGGUAUCUGAUUUGCGAAAUCAGAGCAACUUCAUGAGCAGUACAACUGCUUGCAGUUCACUAAGUGCAAAGGAGAUUAAUAAACCUGAGACCGAUCCUGAGAAACUGAAAAAAUUGCAAGAGAGUCUCCUGGCAGAAGACUCUGAAGAGGAAGGAGAUCAGUGUCGGAUAUGUCAGAUUGCUGGAGGAUCCAUAACCAAUCCCCUGCUAGAACCAUGUGGGUGUGGCGGGACUCUUCGGUUUGUUCAUCAGGAAUGUUUAAAGACCUGGUUAAAGGCCAAGAUAAAAUCAGGUGCUGAGCUUGGUGCAGUGAAAACAUGUGAACUCUGUAAGCAGAGCCUUACUGUAGAUCUGGAUGAUUUUAAUGUGAAUGACUAUUACAGGAAUCAUCAGCAGUCUCGGGCCCAGGACGAGCUAAUGAAUUCGGGUCUCUACCUUGUGCUGCUCCUUCACCUGUAUGAGCAAAGAUUUGCAGAACUUAUGAGAUUAAACUACAACCAAGCCUCAAGAGAUAGACUCUCAAGACAACCUAGAACAGAGGAAAAUCAAAAUUCAGCUAAUUCUGGCAACAGUGGCUAAGAAUUAUCAAGGAGGAUUUAAAGAAAAGAACUCUCUUUGGGAAUCUGACAGAGAGCCCUUCUCCGCACCCUUCCACUUCCACCCUCUUUCUUAACACCAGGCCACAAUGAGUAUGUGCACCAUUCAUAUUCAGUGUCACUCAUUUAAAUCUAAAGCCUUGUAAGGGUCUGGGGUUGUGUUGGCUGUUUGUGUGGUUUGGUUCUUGUGUUUUGUUUUGUUUCAAGUUGUAAUAUUGUCUGGCCAUCUUUUUGGAAACACCAUGGGUUAUGAAGCGCAACUUGCAGAGUGUAGAACUUGCAAUCUCUCCCGCUGACUGGCCACCAGUUACUCAAAUCACAACGUAAACAAUGGCUAGGAGAGUUAUGUGUGUCUUUUACUGACCUUUGGCAACUGUUUGAGAUUAUGAACUGGAUAACUACUUUUGCCACACCUGUUCUAGAAUCCUGUUCUGUGCCAGACUUGCACUUCUGUGAAUCUGGGGUUUCUUGGAGCUCGAGAAUGGUUUUGAACAUUAAAACUGAAUUGUACGCCCAGCCUUGUCACAGGACAUUCCAUUGCACACAAAUGUAAAUGUAUUGAUGUACUAUUGUAUGAGCAACUUUUAUGACAUUACUGCCUUCCCUUA